AUGAAACGUGGACAACGAUCAUUUCAACUUUAUCGUCGAUUAGCACGUGGUCGAUAUAAGAAGUUCAUUACAACAGAUGAAGCUUGGUUUUAUUUAGAUGAAACCGGUGGAAGAAGAAAAGUAUGUUAUAUAAAAAAAACUGAUCCCGACUAUGAUCGAAUGAUUAUUCAACAAAACACUUCUCGACCAAAAGGUUUUAUAGUAUGGGGAGGAGUAUCAAGUCAAGGAAAAACCACUCUUCGUUUUGUUGCACCUGGUACCAAAGUUAAUUCAAACUAUUAUGUCAACAAGGUUUUAAAACCAUUUUUAACACAAGAUCUUCCACAUUUGGCACCAAGUCAUACCGCCAAAGAAACAGUUAGCUUUUUGAACAAAAACAAAAUUAAUUAUAUUAAACCAGAAGAAUGGAUGCCUGGCAGUCCUGAUGCUGCACCAACGGAUUAUUCAAUGUGGGAAUACUUAAAACAACAACUCAAUAAAACAUAUAUUGAUUCCCUUGAUGAACUUUAA